AUGGUCAGCGAUGUUGUAGUUCUUUAUCAUCAUAUUGGGGGGAAGCUUUACAGCAAACUAGUUACAACAUCAGGUUCUAUACCAUCCAGUGCAAGAUUCAAUGGAGUAACAUCCUUUUCAUCGUUCCAAGAACUUUCGCCUGAAGAAAAAUGCGACGGUCUUGAAACCCUCCUCUACGAUGAAGACAACAAAUGGACACACUGCACGCGACCGGGCGACUCGGAACGACAGAUCGAAAUCGUGUCACGCGGUAAUAGAGUUACACUACAAGUGACCGUUCGCGGAAUCGGCAGCGGGACCCUUGGCCUUCGGAUGACUUACAGAGCGGAACCGAUCGAAGAAAUCGUGGGAUUGUGCGAAUUCGGAUGGGUGGCCCUGAGGCAAUUUUGCAUAUCCGCGGUCGAGGGGGUGCGAUUGCCCUGGGCUCAAGCGGAAAUGGAGUGUAUUCGAAGAGGUGGGCAUUUAGCAAGUGUACGGAGUGAACAUGCCCAGAAUAUCGUCAACAGUCUCCUUCUAAACAGCCCUGGUUAUCGUGAUGACAACGCGUACUGGAUUGGCGCUUCGGAUAAAACAUACGAAGGGGAUUUCCGAUGGUCCGAUGGUUUACCUUUUUCUUAUUCCAACUGGUUUCCUGGAUGGUCCCAACAUGGCCAAUACAAUCGUCAACCCAACGAUGAUGGAUUAAGUGAACAGGACUGUGUAGAAGUGAGAAGAAUUUAUUCGCUGCCAACAUCGGUUACAGGAAUCGCAAAUAAUUUCAUGUGGAAUGACCGAGACUGUUCUACGCCAAACUAUUUCAUUUGUGAAAAGCUUCAAAACGAUGAGCCCUUAGAAGAUACUUGGCCUCUCGACUGUAACAAGACAAUUACGCUCACACGACAGCAUCCACGUGCUCUAGUCUCCAGUCCAGGAUUUCCGAGACACUAUCCAGAUAAUGUGGAUUGUAACACCUAUAUUAUUGCUCCGCCUGGAUAUCAAAUUCUUCUCGACUUCGAGGAGUUAGUUCUGGAAAAUGAACCCACUUGCAGUUAUGACUACUUGGAAAUCUUCGAGAAUGGCAUCGACCAACAGCGAACUUCAUCUAAGAAUCAAACCCUUACAAGACGACUUUGUGGUGAUUGGAGUGCCAAACUCAAAUUAUUGCGUUAUAUCAGCACUUCUUCUAGGCUUGUUCUGAAAUUUAGCUCUGAUUAUUCCCAUCAUUUUGGGGGAUACAAGGCAAGAGCUUCAAUGGAAAAUGAAAAAGGAAAGAAAAUAUUACUUGCUGUACAAUUCUGGGUAAAGGAACCAAUCAAACUCUUUGUUCUAAAGCGACGUUUUGAUGAAUUUUAUCGUCUUCUUCAGGCUAAGAACAAUUGA